AUGAACAAUGAAAUGAUGAGAUAAAAUGCAUAAAUGCAAUAAAUGUAUUUUAACUAAUAACCUUAGUAAAUGGGAUUCGCCUAACCUUAUAACUACAAUAAUAAUUUCCAAGCCGCUCCCGUUUUCGAUAACUAGAUACCCUAAAUGCAACCAUAUAACUUGAAUUAAAUGUAUUAUCCACAAUAGUAUAUGUAACCAUAAUAAUAAUUUUAGCCGUUGAUGGUUACUCCUAGCUAGUAAGUGCAGCCAUAGCAAGCUUACACAUAACCACCACCAGAAAGUAAAAAUAAACAACAAUUAGUAACUUACAUUUGA